GGGCUUUUUCUUCCUGUAGCAUAGGAGAAAAGUGUUGAAUUGGUCACUCAUCUUACGUAGACAGUAGACACCAUCUUAGCUGCUCAUCAUACACGGACUCAGCACUGGAAGUCUGGAACGAAGUCAGUUGGCCACUCCUCAAAAGAAAGUUGCAAAAAGGAAACCGGCCGCACUGUUACGACCCUUCGGAUAAACCUACCAGUUCCUGCGACGAAUCGAAUUCCGAUCCUCAGCACUCGACCAAGAAGGUGCUCGCAGGUUCAAUUUCCCAGCUCUGUGGAGAAACUGCUUGACCUCUUAGUGAAGACAUGGCAUCUAAUAAAGAUUGGAUUGAAUUGUUUAAUGAUCGGCUAAGUGAGACAUAUCUAGAAGGGCAUUAAAACCUUUUUAGAUUAUGCUUUUCAAAAGACAGGAGAAAAGUAUGAAAUUAGAUGUCCAUGUGUGAAAUGUUGCAAUACAUAUUCAAGAAGUCGUAAAGUAGUUGAAACCCAUUUGAUAGUGUAUGGGAUGAUGACAAACUACACAUUUUGGUAUCACCAUGGAGAAAGGCGGGGAGAAAUGGAACCUGAAGUUCAUGAUGACUCUGGAGAUGAAACUGAUGAUGAGGCGCAAGAAAUUAUACAAGAUUUUUUUCCUCAUUAUGACAAGUUCAGUGAAAGGACAGUAUCGUUGAAGAGGAACCAAACGAUGAAGCUAAGAAAUUUCGUAGGUUGUUAAAUUACUCUCAACAACUUGUAUUUGAAGGCUCCAAGUCCUCGAUGUUAUCAAUUGUGGUAAGAUUUCUUCAGAUCAAGAGUAUUGGGAAGCGGAGUAACAAGUCCUUUAUAAUGUUGCUACAACUUAAUUUAUUAAUUACUACGUAUAUUCUUUGAAUACAGAGAAAGAGUGAACGAGAUUCCAAAAAUAGAAGUGACUUGACACUUGAUUGUGCUACAUCGCAUGGGCAGCAAACGAACAAAGAGCUUAUUCCUUAACUGGUAUAUAUUAAAUAUUAAUGUGCAGUGUUUGUUGCAUAAAAGUGUGUGUUGCAUAAAUGAUUAUGAAACAUUCAAUAUUCAUCUAGUUGUUUAUUUGAAGUCGUAAAGAUAAUAAUCCGUCAAACAUGGAUGCUAUUUUUUAUUAAAGUCGCAAGAAGAAAGAUGAACUUGUGGAACCACAAACAAUUCAUAAAUAUGUGAAUUAGUGUCCUAUUUUUUCUUGUUAUUUAGAUUUUGCUAUUUUAUUUAACAUACCAAUACAUCAUUUAGGAGGAAAUACACAUGGUGGUUCAAUCAGACGCAUCAUUACCACAUAUCCAUGCAAUUGAAAACUGUUUUGAACCUAAAAAACGUAGACAAGUUGUUAGCUUUGGUGGUGGAGUGAGCCACAAAUAUUUGAAGGGGACAUCUUCUAAAAAGAGUGAGCUUGAGGCCAAGUUGCGUGUAGUUGAAGAAGAAAACCGAUGCAUGAAAAGUCGUCUUAAUGCACUCGAAAAUGAGCUCCAAAAGAUUAAAGAUGUGCUACAAGGUAAAGAAAACAAAGAUGAAAUUCCAGAGCUUGAAAUUUGCUGCCACAUUCUUCAAACUUGACAUACUUUUUGUAUAUGAUUUUGUGGCACGUUUUUUAGCUUAGACAAUUGAUAUGCCGAAUAUCUAUUGACGAUUAGUUACUUUAAUGCUUAUUUAUUAGUUUUGAUUUGAAAUGCAAC